AUGAUGAGGAGUUGCUGCUUAUUGUCGUGUCGGGUAAAGGUGUUGAAGGUAUAUGGGUAUAAAGGAAGCUGUGGAGAAUUGAAUCAGAUGAGACAUUUCAUCAAUAAUUUGAGGUUUCUCAAAGUGGUCAAAGUUAAGGUUCACGAGGAGCAAGAUAACUACUUGUCGCUCACCAGUGACCUAACUAAGCUCCUCUCUACAGCUUCUUCCAAAGUGCAAGAUCCAAUUCAUUUGAUUCUCUUUCUUCACAUUGUUUUAAUUCAUUUGAGCUAA